CAAACGGUUGUAAAACAUUAAUAAAAACAUCAAACGAGCAGCAACAUGAAGUUUUCAGCUUCAGAAUGGAUGAUUUUGGCUGUGGUAGGCUCUGUACAUUUUUGCUGUGCCAUUUGUAUAUCUUUACAAGCUCCGUUUUAUCCUGAAGAGGCUGAAAAAAAAGGAUGUACUGCAACGGAAUAUGGAUUUGUUUUUGGUAGUUUCGAAUUGGUAGCUUUCAUUACGUCACCAAUUUUCGGAGGAUUGAUUCAAAGAGUUGGGUUAAAAUACCUGUUAGUUUUGGGAAUCGUGUUAAAUGCCAUCUCUACCAUAGCUUUUGGGUAUUUGACUUACAUUUACGAUCGUAAUAUAUUCUUAAUAUUAUCACUGAUACUGCGAGUAUUGGAGUCACUCGGUGCCACCGGUGCUAUGGUAGCUGCUUUUUCAUUGACAGCUGUUUCCUUCCCCGAGUCAGUAGCAAGCACAUUUUCGGCUUUGGAAGUGUUCUAUGGUAUGGGUUAUAUUGUUGGUCCAACACUUGGUGCUCUACUAUUUGAGGUAGGAGGUUUUCCUCUUCCUUUCAUUGUUAUGGGUCUGAUAACCCUUGGCACGUCGUUCCUAGUUUGCAUAAUAAUGAAACAAGACGUCCCUAGCCCGAACAAGGCUAAGACUAAAGUGACGCAUCUCAUGAAAGUUCCUACUGUAUUUAUAAACUCGGUGGCAACUGUAAUAACAGCCACAGCCAUGGGCUAUUAUUCAGCUACACUCGAACCACAUAUUAGACCGUUUGGACUUUCGCCCGUAGAUGUUGGAUUUGUGUUUAUCAUUAGCGGUGGCACUUAUGCUCUAGUAGCGCCUAUGAUCGGAUACAUUUGCGACACUGGUGUCAACCCAAAGAAAAUUAUGAUUUUUGGCACAUUAUUGACAGUAAUUAGUUACUCUAUCGUCGGACCAGCGCCAUACAUGCCCUUAGACAAAUCAAUGUUUUUAGUAGUCACAGGUCUUGUAAUUCAAGGAUUUGCUCUUGGAUCGAUAUGUGUUCCCACUUUUGUCGAUUCAAUGAAUGCUGCCUUCAAUGCAGGUUUUGCCAACGAUAUACAUACUUAUGGGCUUUUAUCCGGUAUAUGGUCUUCGUCGUUUGCACUGGGAGCUUUCUUAGGUCCAUCCAUUGCCGGAGCUCUAUAUGAUUUAGUUGGAUUUGAACAAGGAACAUAUUUUGAAAUUCUUUUACAUGCUGCUUUGGGCUUAGCUUUGAUAAUAUUUGUAUUUACCGACGAAAAAUCUAAAGACAAAAUAAAUGGUUUGAGUGACUCUACUGUUGGUUUUGCUGAUCAGGAGAGUACACCCGAAAAGAAUAACGGACCAAAUAGUAAAACUCCAGUAGUGUACACAAUAAAUGGUCAUCCUCAUCGAACGACGCCAUCAACAGGAUCUUUCCACCGAUAUGGAUCUACUUACGGAAGUUUCAGCAACUCGUGUUUGGCUUCAUCUCUUUCGUCGUUGCGAAUCAAUAGCAACGACGCUGUGGUCAUAGCCAAGGAAGCAUGCGGCCGCAUCGAGUCUCGAGUAUGAGUUCCAGCAACGUAUUAAAAAAAAAAAAGUCCUUCUCACUUCGGUGUAUUCUUUUAUAAUUAUAUAAAUAUAUAUUUUAUUUUGUUAUCCCGAUGCUAUUGAUUAGAUGGCUGCUAAUUGUAUACACGGGUAUGUGCGUGACUUUUAAAUAAUAAUAAUUUUUAAAAAUUAUAACUUUAUAAAUUGUACGAAGGCUUAUGAAUAUCAUCGUUAUUUGGAGUGGGCUGCUAGUCAAAUUCAUGACUGCCAUCGCAUUUAUUUUAACCAUCGAUCGGUUUUUUUCGAUUUUUGCACCACAGGAGCAUCUUCUUGCACAGAUACUUUACGCAUGAUACCCAACAAUAUUCCUUCGAGUAUUUUUCAACAAUGUUACUUUACUAUAUGUUUUUAGAUUUUCUAAAUUUGAUUACGCAUUGUUGUUUAUUGUCUAAAGUCGUAUAAUUUUAGUGCGCGUAACUCGUUACCGACUGUUUUUUUUUAUUUAAGUUAUAUGUCCGCGGGGUCUAAAGAAAUUUCAAUGCGCUUCUUUUCUCUGUCUGUGACUUACUAUUAUCCGUAAUUUUUUUUUAUUGUGUAUUCGCAAUCUACCCUAUAUGAUAAGAUAGUUUUAAUUAAUUUUUAAAUGCUGUAACCUUUAUUAUAUAUUUUAAUAUGCAGAGACCGCCGUAAUGUAUAUAACAAUGUGUAUAUUGUAUGUUUGUUUUUUAGUGAAAUAUAUGAAUUAUUAUAUAAUUA